AUGGAUAAGGCUUGGAUGCAUAUUGGAGAUAGAAUGCAUUCUAACGAUUACGCAUCAGGCAUUAAACAAUUCCUCAAUUUGGCGAAGGCCUAUGCAUCGGGUAGAGACUGCAUUAGGUGUCCAUGUAGGAGAUACCGAAAUCGAACUUUCCAUCCUUUUUCGGUGGUUGAGGAUCACUUGUUCAUCGCAGGGAUAGAUCCAUUUUAUACGGAAUGGAUCUUCCAUGGCGAGGAGGAAACUUUGCCAGACACCACAUCUUCUGACGAAGAUGGUGAUGCUGCUUAUAACGACAAUGACUACAUUGAUGAUGUCGACGAGAUGUUAGAUGAUAUCCGUGUGGGAUCCUUUAUGGACAAUUCUGGUAGAACAAAAUUUUCUCCAGACGGGGGUCAAGAACGACACACCUCUUCUGCUCCUUUACACCUUAACUUCGACGAUUUGCUAGACGAUGCAAGACAACCACUUUAUCCAAGUUGCACAGAGUUCUCAAAGUUAUCAUUCAUAGUCAAGUUGCUUCACAUAAAGACAAUUGGUGGUUGGACUGUGAAGUCGUUCGACAUGGUUAUAAAGCUUCUGCAAGCUGCCUUUCCUCAUGCUUUAUUCCCUGACUCAUAUAACGAGGCUCGCCGCUUACAGCGUGGUUUGAGCUUUACUUACACAAAGAUACAUGUAUGCCCAAAUGAUUGUGUCUUAUUUUGGAAGGAUAAUGCUGAUAAAGAUGUGUGCCCUAAAUGUAAUGCAUCUAGGUGGGCCUCAAGCACAACUAACCAAAAGAGGCUACCCCAAAAAGUCCUCCGGUAUUUUCCUUUGAAGCUGCGGUUGCAAAGGGUAUGGAAAGACUUCAAUAAAAAAUAUGAGGCAUUUGCCCAAGAUCCUCGUAAUGUCAGACUUGCUCUAGCAAGUGAUGGGUUUAACCCUUUCAAUAACAUGAGCAAACCGUACAACAUUUGGCCAGUUCUGCUUGUGCCGUACAACUUGCCUCCUUGGUCAUGCAUGAAAGAUCCAUACUUGAUGAUGUCGUUGUUAAUCCCUGGACCAAAGGCACCGGGAAAUGAUAUUGACGUAUUCUUGCGUCCACUAAUAGAUGAGUUGAGAGAAUUAUGGGAAGAUGGAAUUCAAACAUAUGAUGCAUACAAAGGUGAAAUGUUUCUAUUGAGGGCAGCAUUACUCUGGACAAUCAAUGACUUUCCUGCAUAUGCAAAUCUUUCAGGCUGGCAUGUCUGA